CUGCCUGCUGGAGUGGCAAAGCAAACAACUCACAAAUACAGAACAGUUUGUGAUGGCAGCUUGAGCGUUGCAUUAUUUUGGCUUGUGUCUAGUGGUUUUUUUUUCAAUUAUUUCGUUUCUUUUUCGCUAUAUCUUAUCGUAUUUUUGGUAAAAAUUGUCAGUGAAUUGGUAAAAUCAGCUAGAAUCGAAGAAUCGGCUGUUAUUUCCGAGGGAAAAAUAGAAGUUUCGAUUGAUGGGGUCGUCAGAAUCAAAAGACUCAGAAAAUACAGUUGUAGCCCAGGGACCCGAAGAAAAACAGUCCAGUCCAACUCCAUCGACCAUGUCUGAAGACCUAACAUCAAAAUUGAAAGAUCUAACAAUUAAAGGCCAACGCACAGACAUCAACAUCUUGUUGCUGGGAGACACAGGCGUAGGCAAAUCAACCUUCAUCAACUCCUUGUUCAACUACCUGCAGUACAGCGACUUCAACGUCGCUCAGAAUUCCGAAUUGAACGUAUUCAUCCCCUCAACUUUUUCACUCUACGACAAAGAUGGCAAGGAAAAUGUUGUCACUGUUGGAAAAGUUAAUUCGUCUGAGACGUUGGUGUUGGGAAAAUCGGGGACACAGGAAGUCAGGACAUAUACGUUUAUGAUCAAGAAUGGGGAUGUUCAAAUUAGACUAAUUGACACACCCGGAAUGGGCGAUACGGAGGGUAUCGAAAAGGAUAACGAGAAUUGCGAGAAGAUUCUCAACUACAUAGGCGGACUGCACGAAAUCAACGCUAUCUGUUACUUGUGCAGGUCUCAGAACACUCGUGCUCACACCUAUUUCAAGUACUGCGUGACUCAGAUCAUGUCGCGCUUGCACGCAGAUGCCUGCAAGAAUUUCGUUUUUGUGUUCACUGGAUCUAGAGGCAGUGAUUAUACCCCAGGCGAUACCUACCAGAUGCUCAAACAGACCGCGGAAGAGAUCAGGAAGCAACCUGCUCAAGCCCAUCUGCGUCUUGAAGAUAACAAAUUUUGCUUUGACAACGAGGGCUUUAGAUACUUGGCAGGUAUAAAGCAGGGGAUACAAUUCACGCCUGAAUUCAAACAGGAAUGCGCCAAAAGUUGGAAAAAAUCGACCGACGAAUGUUGGAAAAUGAUCAAUUAUAUCCUGGACUUAAAACCUCACUUCGUUAAGCAAACAUCAGCCAUCAACGAGGCUAGACGUGUGAUCUAUCAGCUGAGUCAGCCAAUGGCUGACAUCAGUCAACUGGUCAACGAUAACAUCACAUUGUUGCAGCGUCACAAAGCCAAUUUGGACAUCGAUCGUAACAGUCUUAGCGAUUUAAAGAAGAGACUGUACAUUCCUAUUAUAGACUUACAAGUGACAACUCUCACUCAGCCUGUCACUGUAUGCACUGAUAUAAAGUGUUCGGAAGUUUAUAAAGUCGGCGAAAAAAACGAGUGGCACUAUAAAACCAGAUGCCACGACCCAUGCUACUUGAAAAACGUGCAAAAAGACCUAGUUGGUACACCCGAGCUAAUAAACUGCGCUUCCAUGGGACCAAAUCAGAGCUGCACUAAGUGCGGCUGCAGCUACAAGCUGCACAUGCACGUGUACUACAUGACCAAGAAAGUACACACAGAAAAAAAGGACGAUACUGUCGUAGCAAACAUCAAUACCAAGGAGUUGGUGAUUGCAAACGUUCAAAUAACUAUUCAGAAUGUCGAACAGAGAAAAUCUGAGCUAGAAAGAGAGUUGAAGGAGAUUAUAAAAAGCAACGCCAAGUUUGCGUAUUUCUUGCAGUGCAAUGCUAUCACUGCGUUCAACGAUUCCUAUGAAGAAUACAUCAACUAUUUGAUAAUUAGAGAAAAAGGCCUAGGUCGUGACUGCGACAUGAGUAAACUUACCGGUCUGCAAAAACUCCUCUUCGAGCACCAGGAACAGAAGAAGAUAUUCAACGAGGCAGCAGAACAGCGCAAAAAAAUGAACUUGAUGGACGAGGUGACGCCUCUGGACAUUUCCAACACCAUGAGCGAACUGUUCAAGCUCAAACACAACGGCAAAAAGAUCAAGGAGUUGUACGACUCUCAGAAAAAGUCUCUGAACAAAGAGAGGUCUCACGAAGAGUAUAAGCACAAGGUGACCUUCAGUCCGUGGUCUUCAACUGAAGAUCAGAAAACGGAAGGGGAACAGAAAAAGGUUGAACCCAAACAGGGUCAAAGCAAUAGAGGAAGACAAUACUACAAUAAUAGAGGUAGAGGUAGAGGACAGUUCAAUAACAAUAGAGGAAGAUCCAGACCUAGAGGCAACAGUCCACCACCUCCUUACGAUGGACACGCUAAAACACAGACUGGACAUCAUUAUCAACCUCCAUCAAAUCAACAAGGCCGUUACCCUAGUCCACCACCACCCCACGAUCCUUACAGAGGUCCCCCACCGCCGCAAGAUCCUUACAGAGGUCCCCUACCACCACACGAUCCUUACAGAAGUCCCCCACCACCGCAAGAUCCUUACAGAGGUGCCCCACCACCACACGAUCCUUACAGAGGUCCCCCACUACCGCAAGAUCCUUACAGAGGUCCCCCUCCACCACCGCAGGACCUGUACAGAGGUCCCCCUCCACCGCAAGAUGCAUACAGAGGACCCCCACCCCAAGAUCGUAGAGACCAACCAAAGAUUGAGGUCAACGUAGUCUUAAAAAAUCCCGAGGAUGCUCCGCCUCCAAGGACUCAACGUCAAUCUUCGGGAGAUGCCGAGUACGACCGGCGAGAUGCUCACUAUGCAAGAGAUCCUUAUCCAAGAGAUCCAUACCCUCCAAGAGAUCCGUACCCUCCAAGAGACCCAUACCCUCCAAGGAGUGAUCACUACGAUGGUAGAUAUCCGUAUUAUGAUUCGAGAGAUCCUAGAAGCGACUAUCGACCUCACGGCUCUGGAGAUUAUAGGGACUACAGAGACGCUCCAAGACAAGAUUAUUAUGAUAGAGACAGAUAUCCACCACAGCCUGGACCAUCUACUAACUACCAUCAUCCACAAUAUAAUCAUCCACAAGAUAACUACCAACGUCAAGACAGCCGCCAUGACCAACAUAAUCGUCCACAUGACAACUAUAACAGGAACCAAAAUCGUCCAAAUCAAAACAAUAAUAACCGAGGAAACCACAACAAUAAUUAUAGAGGUGGUGGACGAGGGGGUGGAGUCAACAAAAAUUACAAAAGAAAUAGACCCAACCGUAACAGAGGCAGUGACGCCAACAGAAAUGACGGCAACAGUUCUGAUACAUCUGUGGCAUCAUCCAGGUACUGAUGGUAUCAAAGCGAUACACUCACUUCAAAGGUUACUGCGACACCUUUUUUUAGAGAACAUAAUAGGUCACAAAACAAGUAUAUAUCUUACAUUAUUUUUAUUCUACCUAUACAUGUAUACUUUUUAUUUUAUUAUAUGUGUUAAAGCGUUAAUUUUAGGCGAUCCUCACUCUUAGUUCAGCAUUUUUUGUUCUAGAUGUCAGUUUAUAAGUCAAAUUGUGCCUGUUUUGAACAAAUUUAUGCAUCAAAGUCUGAACAAAAUGGCUGUAACUAUUUAAAGAGGUUAUAUAGAUUUUAAGCAUAGGGAGAUUUCAAGAAAUUGAUGUUAUUAACUGAACAAUUAAUAACAAAGAUUGUCCCUUUUUAUUUGUAUUAAGAAUUGAGGAAUUGAUCUGUAUAGAUCUUCCGAAAAAAAAAUUAUCGUGCAAAAUGUUUUUGAAUUUCUCAAAAACACUUGGUUUUUUAACUCUGAAUUAUUGGCGGUUAUAAUAUAAA